AUGAGCAGCGUUUCUUAUAACCUUAGUAAUCAGUUACCGGUGCAACUGCAACUGCAACUGCUGCUGCUGCUGCUGGAGCGAAAUGGAGACCGUACGCCAGAGAAUAUAUCCGAAAAUCUAGGAAAUCUAAACAUAAUGCAUCCUACUACCCCAAAACAAAAUCAUCCCACGUCAUCUCUGCACAAUAACGCUAGCAAUUCCCAUUCUAAUUCGAAUUCCAAUGCACACCAGUACACCCCCUCGGAACAGCUGCCCAGACUUCCAAUUUCCACCCUGCCGAGUCGACCACCCUUACGGAUUAAUUCACAGGAAAACAUGGAUGAUGUUUGUCCACUUGACAAGAAAUCACCAACUCCAUUUACUCCCAAUAAGAGAAAGGACCCUCUUCUGGCCAACAGCAACACACCAGGUAGAACUGUAAGCAAUUCUCCCCAAAUGAUUGACCUGGGUGAGUUCGAUGUGAUCAAGAAAUCACAUGUAAUCCCUACCAAGGAAGCUGCAAUUCCUACUAAAGAAACCCUAAGAGGUGGAGGACCUAGGUCAAUGGCGCCCAACAACAGCGACGAUCCAAGUUCAAAGAUUUCAGCUUAUGCUAGACUCGAUUUUGAAAACUUUACGUUCUUCGUUCAAACAUUACAGGUAGUGCUUGGACGUAAAUCCAACGACGAUCUUCUCCAGAGCUCUCAUCAUGCCGUAGAUGUUCACUUGAGCUCCAAGAAGGCGAUAUCAAGAAGACACGCCAAGAUAUUCUACAAUUUUGGGACUCAGAGAUUUGAAUUAUCCAUUUUGGGAAGAAAUGGAGCAUUUGUAGAUGAUUUAUUCGUGGAAAAGGGUAUAACGGUUCCUUUGACUGAUUGUAGCAAGAUACAAAUAGGCGAUAUACCGUUUACGUUCGUGCUACCAUCGAUUGAGCCUGGUUCGGACGGAUUGGAGCUCAACCCAAGUGACGCAAUAAACCUUAGAUCCAAUUUGUACAAUGGAAUCAAAUCAAGCAAGAGAAAGUCAGUAAUUGACAAAGACAACGAAGUUGCCAUAGAAGACGACGAAGAAAUUGAAGAAGGGGAUGGUACGGCUAAUAUCGUAGAGAGGAUAGACAAAGGGAUAUCAGUUACUGAAAAUAACGAUAAAAACGCCGAUGUUAAUAAGACGAAGCAAGAUCUCGAGACAUCGAGGAAACACAUCCAGAGAAGGAUGUCACUUUCCAGAAGGAAAUCUUUGGCAACAGCCUCUAUUGAUGAGAUAAAUGAGAUUUUGAAGGAAUUGGGACCUGAAAUCGAUGUGAUAGAUGAUGCAAAUGAAGAGGAUUCUGACGUAUUGGAUGCUCAAAUUCAGUCUAUAUUGGAUGAGUACAAGAGAAAACAAUCUGUAAGUAAUAUUGUACCUCCCUCAACCGAUAUAGGACCAAACGACAAUUUAUUUACAAGGAAAAUAGAUAUUAAAGAGGAGGAGGAUGAAAUUGACAAAUUGGUUAAUCAGCAUAACCUUUCCCAAGGUGUGCAAUUAGAUGAAACCUUCUUGGAUGGAAAGAAUGUAAAUGUUGAAGGUACAGGACAGCUAGAUUUAUCUGGCCUUGACCAAGAAAUUGCGACGCUAGCUCCUUUGAUUGAUGCGCAUCAUCAAGAUAUGUUAAGGAAAAAUGAACCCGACAGCAAGUCAAUGAAUUCAAACCAAAGGCAACAAGGAUUGAAAAAUCCUCCAUUCACCAUCCACCAACCUCCUCCUCGUACAACCCCCUUGAUGGGCAAGCCUGCUGUUCCAAGAAUGGGCCGCCCAGCGUCAAUUCAACCACCUGCAUCGAGACUAUAUGGUAGACCUGCAUCUUCUAUACAAAAGAACUCCUCCGCAUCGCCUUUAGGUGGUUUAUCUAAAGCACAACUUGUAAAUAAUCGCUUGACCACUACAACAUCUCCUUUGGCAGGUUUGCCAACGCAUUUGGUAGCAGCUGGUCAAGGUCCUUUAAUGAACUCCUCUUUGAAAGUUUCCCAUGGUAAACUUGUUCAAAAUAAUAUGCAUCAGCACAUACCUAAGCCGAUGCCACCAAAACCUCCUCAACCAAUAUUGGAGGUGCCGUUGGUGAGCCUAGACGAUAAAGCCAACAACUAUAAUGGUAACAAGAUGAAGAAUGAUGACUUUGCUAUAACCACACCAUUAUUGAUACAAUCAGUUAAAAUACUAAAGGUUUGUGAACCUAAAUCUUAUCCCGAUCUUGUUAUAGUACCUAAGUAUCCUAGGAAAAGAAAAGAUCCACCUCCAAGAAAGCAAACUACGAAAAAAGUAUAUUCCCUAGAAGAAAUUCCCGAACAAUACAGAAUUAAGCCAUCCUUAUCGUAUUCGGUAAUGAUUACAAAUGUCUUGAAAGCUAAAGCAAGCACGAAAGGUCUAACAGCAACCGAUGUAGCGGAGUGCAUUAAGGAAUCAUACCCUUAUUACAAGUAUUGCGCAGACGGCUGGCAGUUUUCAAUCAACCACAAUUUAGCAUUGAACAGAAUAUUCAAGAAGAUGAAUCAGAUCGAUAAUGAAUGGACCUGGGGUAUAGAUGAUGCAUAUGUGAACGAAAGAGAAAGAGUGAGAAUGAAGCAACAAGAGAUUGCUGCUUCUAAAGCGAAGGCUGCGGCAUUGAAAGCCGAAGAGUUGAAACAAAAACAAAGAUUGGAGGCACAACAAGCUGCUGCGCAGAGCAUAGCAGGAGGCAGACCUGGAUUCUCGCCAUAUUCUUCGUUGUCUUCUUUCAACAAUGGUAGAGGAAUUCCUCAAUCACAAUUUAUUUCACAAUUGCAACAACAGCAAAGUCAAUAUGGUACUCAAAUUGGCACAAACACGUCAGGUAAACAAAAGACGAUAGCUGAGCUUGCAAGUGAAAUAAGAAGAGAUGGACUAGUAGGAUCUAAGGCUCCUUUAUAUUUCAAGCCAACUAGUAAUUUGCCAUCCGAGCCUGCCAUUGGAUCUGCCAGUGGUGGAAAUAAUAAUAAUAUAAAAGCCCAACUUGCUGCCAAUAGAGCAAAUUCGUUAUCUACUACACCACCUGCUGUUGGAAGUAAUCCCGGAACCCCACCUCCAAUUAACAACGACACCAAAAAAUCACUUGCAUACUUACAAAAGGAAUUAUUUACAUUGUACAAGGCAAGAAAAUUGUCCUACAACACAGCAACGACUACUGAGAUCAUUACAAAAGCUUUGGCUACUACAAUUGCACAGGUGAACGUCAUUGGUGCAAAGGCUGGAUGCGGAAAUAACGCGCUCAGUUUUUUGGUUGAGAAGGCACCACAACAGGUUAGUAAGAUUUUAGAUAUUGCCCUUAGCAAAAGUAUCAAAGAGAAGCAAGGAAUGUUAUCCUCUAGACCCUCCAGCAGAGGUAGUACUCCAGGUCCUAGUCCAAGCAGUGGACCAAGCCCAGUUAAACCUACUCCUUCCUUGACUGCAGGACCAACGAGAGUUGAACAUGCAACUGGGGCCGGAGGAAUAACAGGACCCAGUUCCCUUAGUAAUUCACCUACAAUUAGUAGAUUAGGUACACCAGGUGGCGAAAACAAUGGUGCUAUUACACCAACAGGAAUUAGCACUCUUUCAGGACUUUCCAAGCCGCCGCUGUUUAACUCAAAACCUCCGACUUAUGUCAAGUCUGAAUCUUCUCCACGUCCACCCCAAUUUACUAGUGCUGCUGCUACAGCCAAGGCUCAGAUGAAUGCAUCAUCACCAUUAACACCUGUUUUGACCAAACCACCGCAGUUUCUCUCCAACAAACCAUCCAGACCAGGAUAUCAGGCUCUUAAACCUCCUGCGUUUACACCAGCACCUCCAGGUACUGAGAGCGGUAUGAAGAGAGAAUUAGAAGAUAAGGAUGAUCAGGGCAAGGACAAGGUGAUCAGAAUAGAGUAA